CCUCAGAAUUCACAGUAGGAGAAGCAAAAAUGAAAAAAUUCAGAGAUAUUAUCCUCACCAUCAUAGGAUUGCUGGAAAUUCAGUUGGCAUGCUGCUUAUUGGAAGACGCUGACAUUCCAGACCUGAGAGAGAGACUCUACCAUCCAUCUUUUAUUUACGUAAAAGACCACGACGAAGUGCCGUUGUCGAAUCGCAUCUCUGAGGAAGACGACAUUGACACUGAAGAAGAUGUUAUCGAUUGGAAGCAUCAGCUCAUAGAAAAACGAGGAUUUGGCGAGAAAAGAGGAUUUGGUGAGAAAAGAGGGUUUGGCGAAAAACGCGGUUUCGGUGAGAAAAGAGGAUUUGGUGAAAAAAGAGGUUUUGGCGAGAAAAGAGGUUUCGGGGAGAAACGAGGAUUUGGUGAAAAAAGAGGAUUUGGUGAAAAAAGAGGAUUUGGCGAAAAAAGGGGAUUCGGCGAGAAAAGGGGAUUUGGAGAAAAACGAGGAUUUGGAGAAAAAAGAGGUUUUGGAGAGAAACGUGGUUUUGGCGAGAAAAGAGGUUUUGGAGAAAAACGUUCUCAUGGUGAAUCAAUGCACAGCAAUAAUGUUUUGUCCUUUAUUACGCAGUGGGUGCAUUUUCUGAAACCUGAAGAAGUGGCCAAAUAUCGAGCGGAACAUUUUUAUCCUCAUUUGGAAAAUUAUCGAGCUUAGAAUGUAAUAACUCUUAAAACGGGCUUCCAUCUGGUUUAAAAUCAGAAUUGUAUGACAAAAUAUAUGAAAUAAAGAGCAUUCAUGUAAAUAAAAUUGACAAUUUUCUGCCAA